UCGACAUGCCUGCUGGCGGAUGUGGCCUGUCUUUGCAAGGACCUGACCUUCAUCUCGUCCGUGGAGACAUGCGUAAAGGCUAGCUGCAUAGUCGAGGAUGCUCUAGUCGUCAAGAACGCGUCGGCUACUGCAUGUGGGAUCGAGUCCACGAAUGCCAGCCCUAACUUCGCGGUGACGUCGAUCGUCAUGUGCGGCUUGGCCAUCUUCUUUACCAUUAUGCGCAUCAUAUACCGGCAAUGGCUCACGCAGCUGGGCCUCGGCGCCGACGACUGGACCACAAUCAUAACGGCCUUGAGCUGUAUCCUGGCUGCGUACCUGAACACGCGCAUGGCUGAAUACGGAGUCGGCCAGGACAUCUGGACUCUCACGCCAUAUCAGAUCACCAUGUUUGGCCAGAUGUUCUGGUACCUGGCCAUGGUGUACUUUCUCGAUAUCGCCCUACUAAAGCUGUCGAUCCUCUUCUUUUUCCUCAGGAUAUUCCCAGAUGCUACCUUCCGCCGGAUUAUAUGGAUAACAAUAGUAGUGGUCGGCUUAUUUGGGGCCGCCUAUGUGCUGGCUGCCAUGUUCCAAUGCUGGCCAAUCAGUUACAACUGGACGAAAUGGAACGACCGCGACAACCAAGGCCAAUGCGUAGAUUACGCCCGUAUUGCUUGGGCCAAUGCCGCAGUGGGUAUUGCCCUGGACUUCUGGAUACUAUACCUGCCGCUGUCCCAGAUCUCGACGCUCAACAUGGACUGGAGGAAAAAGCUUGGCAUCUCCGCGAUGUUCGUGGUUGGCACCUUUGUCACAAUCGUCUCCAUUGUCCGGCUCGCAUCUCUCAUCCAGUUCAACAGCAGCGACAAUGUCACACAUGACACGGCCGGCAUUGCGAUGUGGUCGACUGUAGAGAUCACCACUGGCGUCAUCUGUACCUGCAUGCCUACGAUGCGUCUCAUCCUCGUUCGACUCUGGCCUAACAUCUUCGGGUCGAGAUCAUCCACUAAGGCCUCCGAUGGACCAUAUCCUCCUCGAAGUGGCGGUGGGUUUUCCUUCCGCAAAAGGGGCACCGCUGCAGGUGACGGAGGAAGCCACCCGCAGCAAGCCAAACGGUCGACCACCCAUAGAUCUGGUAGCCGCUUCUCCUCGUACGGACGCCCCACAUCCUUCUUCAGCGGUCAGAACAGAGAGGGUGCCAUGACCAGCCUCGGGUGUCCAGAUCGCCUUGAGAGACUCGAGUCAAUGGAUGACGACGCCAUCCAGCUCCGGCCAAACGUUGGUCACCCGUCUUCCCCGGUGUACUUGGCAGAGAGCACCUCUACAUCAAGCUCGGAGCUCUAUUUAUCCGGGAGCGGAGCAGAUCAGCAAGGGAUCAAGGUCGUAACGACUGUGGAAGUCAAGCACUAG